AUGCAAAGAACUGCUCUUGCUGAUCAGAAAGUAGCGACGGGUAUUGAUGCUUAUUGGGAUCCAAUGGCUCGUGUUGAGGGUUUAGAGGCGCAAGUUGCUGCAGACUUUGAGGAAUUAACACAAUUGAUAGGAGCAACAGAGGCACGACGGCAACGGUUGCUGCUGCGUCAAUCCUUAAGAAGAGCGGAGAAACUUCAUGACCCCCUCAGCCAAGAAAGGAGUGAAUAUUUUGGCCAACAGGACAUAGAGGAGCCUCCCAUUCCUCCUCAUAGACCCGAGAGGUUUUGGGACCCGAGUGUUUCCUUAAGAAGAGUAUUAAAGAAUAAAAAUUUGCCUAUAACAUGGAAGGAUUUACAUAUAUUAGGUAAUUUUAUAGGACCAACAGGAUUACUUCUUCCUCGUCGUCUAACUUUUGCGUCGCGAAUUCAGCAAAAAUUUAUUUAUAAGGCUGUUGCUGCUGCUCGUCGUGUUGCUCUCUUUCCUUAUGAUCGUAAACCCUCACCCCAGCAACAAAUGCCUCUUAUGGAUCCUAUUCAAUUUCUAGCAGAUGAAUUAACUCACCGUGUGGCGGCUAAUGGCGAUCUUCGCGCAGAAGCAAUUUUAAGGGUUUUAAUGCAACGAUACCCUAAAUUAGAUUAUUUCAGGUACCCUAAACCCUAA